CAAACUCCGCCAGCUUUACUGAAAUUGAGUACUUCCAAGCCUAUCAGCGCAACAAGCUGCGAGACAUAAUGAUGAUGCGAUUUCCAUGCACACCACAGAUGUUUUGGUCAAGGACGUGUUCGCUUCACAACGGCUUCUUCGGCUGUGAAUACUCUGCUGCACCGGCGACCAUACCAUACUCGACCUACUUCCGUAUGGCCGUCAACUCACCAAAGAAUCAGGGAUUGCCAGAUUACAACUCCCCGCAUGGCACUCUUUCCUACGAAUGGUCGGAUAUGGGCUUUCUAUCUUCGUCAUCUACCAGCUGGAAUAUCUUGAUCUGCUUUGAUGUGCCCGAGAGUGUCAUCAUUGGAUUACAGGACUCUCUGCCUACAGCGGUGCAGGACUUGCAAGGACCGUACGAAUUGCACAUACCGUUAUUGGAGCAGCUGACUGUGUUAUACGAUAUGAGCAACUCGCACAUUCAAGGCACAGUUGCAAGUCUAGAGAAGGAUANNAGCAGCAGGAUCGUGGAUCUGGACGAUUCACCCACCGAGAGACGGAAAGAACAGCUUGCAACCAUCUUCGAGAUUUCGCGUCACGCGAUACAACUCGUCGAGACAACACAGAUCGCCGCCGAGACAACGGAUCGUAUGAGAAUUGAAUGCGAGAACUUUUCUGCAGUGCAAAAGACUGCUGAUCUCGCUCAGAGGAUUCGUAGACUUGGGUUUGUACACAGCAUGCUUCGAGGAUUGCAUACGCGUGCUGUGUCUAAUGAGAAGAGGCUAGCUAAUGAGCAGAGCUUGGACCAGAGAGCUAAUGUAGUUGUUAUGGUAGNNUUAUCGAACAUGAUCGCUGAAGAGAACAAUGGCGCUCUACGGCGAUUAGCUGCCUCGAAUAGCGAUAUGUCG